GACUUGGCUUCUCAGGCCUGUUUGUGAAGGUGUCGGGUCCUCAAGGCUUUUCUCCUCUGACUCUGUGGGGUUGGGUGAGUGCACAGAGCUGGGAGGGAUGUACUGAGAUCUGGCAGAGGUGGGUGUGUCAGGCCCGCCCAGGAGCAGGUCCUACCAGCACAGUUCAGCCCGGCCCAGAGUGGCAGUGGACGCAGGCUUGGGGCAACGGCAGAGGAAGAGCAACAGAACCCAGGUCUCCACUGCUGAAGAAGUUUUGGCCCCAGGCCUUCCAGCCUUGGCCAGUCGUCUGCCCCUGAGGUCAUAGACCACACUCUCAUGUCUUGCCUCUGCUUACUUGGGGACAGACGUUGUAAAGCUACCAGGCUACCACCCUGGAGGUGAAAGCCAUGCUCGGACCUUGGCAUUCCCCAUGAUGCCUCAGCCUAGGUUCUCUUCCCACUUGGGCACGAUGUUUGCCAAUUCUUCCGCCAACGCCUCUUCCACAAACAACUCUGUGCCCCAGUGCCGUGACUAUCAGGGUACACAUCGUUUGCAUAUGGUGGUCUACAGCCUGGUGUUGGCGACUGGUCUCCCUCUCAACGCUCUGGCUCUCUGGGUCUUCCUGCGUGUCCUGCGUGUACACUCGGUGGUGAGCGUGUACAUGUGCAACCUGGCAGCCAGCGACUUGCUUUUCACCCUGUCACUGCCCCUGCGCCUCUCCUACUACGCAUGGCACCAGUGGGACUUCCCAGCCUUUCUGUGCCAGAUGUCGGGAGCCAUCUUUCAGAUGAACAUGUACGGCAGCUGUAUCUUUCUGAUGCUCAUCAACGUGGACCGCUACGCGGCCAUCGUGCACCCGCUACGACUGCGCCACCUGCGGCGGCCCUUCGUGGCACGGCGGCUCUGCCUGGGCGUGUGGUUGCUCAUCCUGCUGUUCGCCGUGCCGGCCGCCCGCGUGCACAGCCCAUCCACCUGCAAGCACGAGAACGAUACCGUGAGCCAGUGCUUCGAGAACUUCAGCGAUGAGCUGUGGAGGGGCAAGCUGCUGCCGCUCCUGCUGCUGGCCGAGACCUUGGGCUUUCUGCUGCCCCUGGCGGCUGUCGUCUAUUCGUCGGGCCGGGUCUUCUGGACUCUGGCGAGGCCCAACGCCACUCAGAGCCAACGGCGACAGAAGACGGUGCGCCUCCUGCUGGUCAACCUCAUCAUCUUCCUGCUGUGCUUUGUGCCCUACAACGCCACACUCGCUGUUUAUGGGUUGCUACGGGCCGAACUGGUGGACUCCAGUCCUCAGGCCCGCGAUCAGGUGCGCGGGGUGCUGAUGGUCAUGGUGCUGCUGGCCGGCGCCAACUGUGUGCUGGAUCCGCUGGUGUACUACUUCAGCGCCGAGGGUUUCCGCAACACCCUCCGUAACUUGGGCACCCCACUCCAUACCAGGCCUUUGGCUACCAAUGGGGCUAGAGGGGUGCUUACUGAACCACCCUCAGAAAACACCCAAAACAGCGGACAGGAUGCCACCAGUCAGGGUCUACUCCAGCCUGCCAAUCCAGGAACACCCACCAUGCAGUGCCCCGCCAGGAUUCAGACCUCUGAAAAGGACGCGGAGUCGUAGAGCAGUUUUGUGCCUCCCUUAAAGGCUUAGGGUACAACAUUUGAUGGAGGUGGACCGGGUGCUUGGACUUUGAAGCAACUAGUGAGCAGCUCCAGUGUGCAGAAGGGAACACGUGUAUAAACGAGGUUGAGGAGGAAAGGAAGAAUGCUGCUGGUUACAACUUUAGACUCUGGCUAUUACCCAGAGGAACCUGCUACCGUAUGGUAGGAAGCCAUGGAGUGAGCGCGCCCAUGGCUGACAGAUGGUACAUGGGAUAGAAGAUGGGUCUCCUGGAUGCAGGUCACCAGUCUGAGAACGAAGAUCCCCUGACCUUGGCAAAACCAAUUACACAGAAGUU